CGGCUGAGGCGAAGAGACGACGACGGAAGGAAACUCUUAACGCUGCCAGUUGGUAUUUCCGUCCGUGCCAGACAGCCACGGUCAUCACCCGUAGCAAACACAACCACAGCCACCAUUAGUGCACACGUUCAUCUUGGCACCUUAUUCAUCACAAACCAGGGCAGCUGCUCCUCCAAAAGUUAAUGUGACGAUAGUACGACUUGGACACAGCAAGAAGUUUGUGAUCAGACUGUUCUUCUCAGGAUAGAUACGAUUCAAAGCAACUUUGUCACAGCACAGGACUUGCACAUUAUCAGGAGAGUAACAAGACUGCUAACAAAAAUCUAAACAUACACGAAAUAUUAAUGUAUCUGUUAUUUCCCUUAGUACCUGAACACAUCUAAGGAUUUUUUUUUUUUUUUUUUUUUUUUCCAUUCUCUGACACCUGCACGCUACACCCACUGAUUGCCAAACAUGGCGAAGCACAGCACGGCGUUUUCCCUUACGGUGGUCUGCCUCGUGGUUGGCAAUGCGGCACAACCUUCUAGGCGGUCUCCUGACAACAGUUAUGUCCCUUCACGUUCUUCAAAUACUUCUUGGGUGUGGGUUCCACAAGUGUUGGAGGGUCAAGUGUCCGAGCAAAAGUGGGCCACUGACCCCUGGCUGCCAGAGACGAUCGAGUUGCAGAGCCAAAACCAGCAACAAGCUACGCCUUGGUUCCCGCAGCAGAUACACAGCAGUGCGGGAGAGGAUGAAUGGCUGCCCUUACCAGCUGUGGAGACACAACACAGGGUUUCGUGGACCGAACAGCGGCCACAGAGAGGUAAAUGUACAUUUAUCUACGAUGACGUCCUCUCGGGCCACAUCCACCCCUUCCUCGUGGACGCUGCUCAAGAGGUGUUUGUGUACCCAGACUUUGUGCGGGGGCGGCAGAUGGUAACACUUGGAAGAGGCUCCACCGUCCUCGUCGCCUGCCCUGGCCGCAACAAUGCUCUCGCCACAGUACAUCGGCCUUAUGUCAGCGUUACCUGUGACGGCUCGCAACUACGACUCGAUGACACACCUGUGUCUUGGGCCGACUUGAGGUGCCAAAAGAAGCCGAAGCCGACAGUGAAGCGGGACGGAAGUUGUGGAAGAGACAGUCAGACCUAUCAUAUUGGCUGGAGCAUCCACAGACACCUAUUUAUCCCACAGAUAACUGCAUGCUUCAACUCAAGAUUAGAAGCUUCAGUGUCUACUGCACACAAGAUACACGGAAGGUCCAUAGAUGCAAAAGUGAUUGAGCCUUCCAGACCAUCAUUCAAAACCAACCGCAUGUUCUCGGUGAGCCUGAGUCGCAGCUACUCCAAGAGGAUGCAGAAAUCUUUGGCUCAGGAGCUGCUCAAAACAACACAGCACCUCACCACGCAGGGACAAGAGUAUUUUGCAAAGGGUCACUUAGCACCUGACGCUGACUUCGUACUUGAGGCGGAGCAGGACGCUACCUAUUAUUAUGUCAACGUCGCCCCCCAAUGGCAAGCGGUGAACAACGGCAACUGGAAGAGUCUGGAGGCUACCGUGCGGAGGUUUGGUGAGCGGCGGCAGGCCACCCUCGAGGUGUACACAGGCACUCAUGGCAUCUUAGAGCUGCCCGACUAUCGCAACAGACUAACAAAGUUGUAUCUUGGGCAAAGCUUUGGCAAGAAGGUAGUGCCCGUGCCAGCCCUCUUCUGGAAGGUAAUCUACGAUCCCCAUGUGCACAAUGCCCUGGCCUUCGUUGUAGUCAAUGACAUCCGUAAAAGUGAUUUAUGGAACCUUGGUCACCCACCAUGCCCCGACUUAUGUUCCCGCGUACCAUGGGUUGACUGGAACACAUCUGACGUCACUGAUGGCCUCACAUUCUGCUGUUCGGUCGAUGCCCUACGCGCCACAAUCCCUCAAGUACCAGCGCUGGGCAGAGUAGGUCUCCUUGUCGAGUAGUUGACCUGACAGGCAUCACAUUCCUGGUAUCCUUACAAAUGUGUGCGUAUAGGUGUACACACACACUCACACACACACACACACACACACACAUCAAAUACCAGGAUAUCACUGCAUUCCGAAAUUCGGAAAUAUUCAAGAUCGAGAUCACCUCCAUUCCUGCCAAUUUCAAAUAUGGGG